AUGGAUUCAUCUGGCCAUAAUUCAACUGCACAUUCUAAUACUCCAUCAUCAACAAGAGGAAAUUCUGGUGAGGUUGGGCCAUGUAAAAAAGUUUCAGGUGACAUUCAGUAUCGAAUGGAAGAGGCUUUGAAAGCAAUUAUUGAGAAAAAUAAACGAAGUGAGGAAUCUAAUCCCUUUGGUUGGGCUGUUUUUGAAGUUGAGGAUGAUGCUGAAAUUGAAGAAAUAAUUCCACAACGCAAUAAGGGCAUCUUAAUUAAUGAAGGUGGUGGUAGUAAGAAUAAAAGCUCUCAACCAACUAUCAAAAGUGCCCUUGCAACUAAAGAAGCUGUACAUAGGGCACAUAUGAUUGUGGCAAAAUUUUUGUAUGAUACACGUGUUCCAAUGAAUGUUGUCAAUUCCAUAUACUUUCAGCCCAUGUUUGAUGCUGCAAUGCCAUGGGUCCAGGAUAUAAAGUUCCUACCUACCAUAAAGUGUACAAUUAUGGGUAAUGGUUGGACUGAUGGUAGACAUAGAACUCUCAUUAAUUUUUUUGUCUAUUGCCCUAGAGGAAUCACUUUUGUUAAAUCUGUUGAUGCCUCUGAUGUUGUAAAAAAUGCUCCUCUUCUUUUUAAAUUGUUUGAAGAAAUUAUUGAGUGGGUGGGAGCAAGCAAUACUGUGCACAUGGUGACAGAUGAUGGGGCAAAUUAUGUUGCUGCUGGAAGGCUUGUUAGUGAAACUUACAAGAAUAUUAAUUGGUCUCCUUGUGCAGCACAUUGUUUGAACUUGGUGUUAAAUGAUAUUUCCAAGUUGAAUCAUGUGAAAGAGCUUGCGUCUAGAGCAUCAAGUGUGACAAGAUUCAUUUAUAAUCGCCCAUGGUUGAUAGCUUGGUUGAGGAAAAGAAAAGGAUGGACCGAAAUUGUGCGCCCAGAAGCAGCCCGUUUUGCCACUACUUUCAUUGGAUUGCAUAGUAUUCAAAAACAUAUGCAUGAUUUGAAAGCCUUAGUGACAAGUAAGGAUUUUGUCAAUUCAAGGCAUGCAAAAGAUAAGAAAGUAAAAGAAGUUGUUGCUAUCAUUUUAGAUAGUAAGUUUUCAAAUGAUUGCUUGAUCGUUAUUAAGAUUGUUGAGCCACUCAUGAGAUUGUUGCGUAUUGUUGAUGGAGAUAAAAAACCUUCAAUGGGAUAUGUAUAUGAGGGCAUGUAUAGGGCAAGAAUAGCAAUUAAGAAUGUUUUCAUGAAGAAAAAAAGAUUGUACAAGCCUUAUACAAGUAUUAUCAAAGAUUGUUGGGAUAGGACAUUACGCAAAAAUAUCCAUGCUGCGGCUUAUUAG